AUGACAUCAUAUCAAAAAACUAAUGAAACAGGUAAAUGUGAAAUGUGUAAUAAAGAAAUUAGAGGAUUUCAUCAUAUGUAUAAAUGUCCAAGUUGUGGGUUUGGAGUUUGUUCCGACUGCUUAAAAAAAGGACCUACAUGUCGUUGUAAUCAUGGAAUACCACCACUCACGGAAGAACAAGAAAGAAAAAUGAAUAUAUUAAUGGAAAUGGGAUUUCCUGAUUAUAUUUGUAUAUUUGCAUUAAGGAAAUAUAAAUGGAAUGUUGAAGAAAGUAUUCCAUGGAUUAUUGAUAAUCUUCGAACAUUUCCAAAACCAGAAAAUCAAGAAAAUAAAAGAGAAGAAGAAAAAGAUGAUAAAGAAACUGAUGAAGGAUUAGAAUAUGUAGAAGAUGAAAUGAAGUGGAAAGAAAAAGUUGAAGAAGGAGGAAUUAUUGAAAAGAAAAGAAAAGGAAUAAAUAAUAAAAGAAUAAAAGAAGAAAAAGAAGAAGAAGAAUGGCAUGAAGAUGUAUUUGAUGAUGAAUUAUAUGGAAAUGGAGGAAAUGAUAGAGGAGAUCCAAGAAUAGAGAAAUGUUAUGAAGUUAUUGAAGCAAAAGAUAUUAUAAAAAUGAUUAGAGACAGUUGUGAAAAAGAAUCUGAAGCAUUAAAUAUUAGUCCAGGGAAUGUCUCAAUAUUAUUAAAACGAUAUGGAUGGUCAAAAGAUAAAUUAGAAGAAGCAUAUUUUGAGAAUUAUGAUAAAGUUUGUAAAGAAAAUGGAAUAAUUAAUGAAGAAAUUAAAGAAUGUAAAGAAAAAACAUGUCCAAUUUGUUAUGAAGAAGGAAGAAUGAUUAGUUUAAAUUGUGGACAUUAUUUUUGUAUCAAAUGUUGGGAAGAAAGAAUUAAAACAAUGAUUGAAAGUAUAGGAAGUAAUGUAGUUGAUUGUUUAUGUAUGGAACAAGGAUGUACAUGUAAAGUUAAUUAUGAAAUUAUAGAAAAAAUAGGGAAUAAAAAAAUAUAUGAAAGAUUUAUGUAUUUUAUUUGUAAAGACUUUAUUAGUCAUAGAAAAAGUUAUGUAUUUUGUCCAGUAGAUACAUGUGGAAGAGCAAUUCAUUAUUUUGAUACAUCUAGAAAUGAAGUACCAAUUAUUUGUAAAUGUGGACAAAAAUUUUGUUUUAAAUGUGGAAGAGAAAUGCAUAAACCAGUUUCAUGUUCAGAAUUUAUGAAAUGGAAUGAUUUAGUAACAAAUGACACGGAAAGUAUGAAAUUUGUUAAUACUAUUUCUAAACCAUGUUUUCAUUGUGGACUAUAUACUGAAAGAGUUGAUGGAUGUAACCAUAUGACGUGUUCAAGAUGUCAUGGGGAAUGGUGUUGGAUGUGUCGAGGGGAUUGGAAAACACAUGGAUCACAAACAGGAGGAUUUUAUAAAUGUAAUUUAUAUGAAAAAUCGGAAGCUAAGAAAUUAGAUGAACAAGCACAAAAAUUAAAAGAAGAAAAUAAAAAGUUUUUAGAAUAUUUUGAUGAAUAUAUUAAAUAUAAUAAUGUUAUAAGAGAAAUUACUAAACAAGAAGAUGUAUUAUAUAAUAUAGAAAUAAAUAUUGAAAAAAGUACAGGAAAAUCAAAUCCAGAAAUAUUAGAAGCAGCUGAAGUUUGUAAAGAAGCAUAUAGUGUUAUUAAAUACUCAUUUGUAUUUGAAUUUUUUAUUAAAGAAUAUGAAAUAAUUUAUAAAUUAUUUAAUUUCCGUCAAAAGAAAGAUAUUGAACGAGUCAAUGAAUUAAGAGAAACAUUAAAAAAGAUAGAAGAAACCGGAAGAGUAGAUAUUCAAAAAAUAAGACAAUUAAUAGAAAAUGUCAAAAAAGUUACAGAAUCACUUUCUGAUGUAUCUACAGAAAAUCUUAUGAAAAAUAGAUUUGAUGAAGUAAAAAAGAAGAAAAGAAAAAAUUAA